CCGAUCACCGACCGUGGCGCGUAUUAUAAAAGCUAUGUACAUUCUUCUCUCAAAGACAGUUUUGACGAAGAUGAACAACCACAGACUACUGCGAAUAAAGUGCGCCAAAUUGACGACGUUGGUGAUGAUAGCAAUCAUCGUCUUCGUCGUCGACGCGUCCAUUCUCGAACGUCAAACGAGAGAAUUCGUUGAUAAUAUCAGUGAAGGAAAGAAGGAGCCAAAGGAUUUUUCCAGCGAACGAAUUAUUUACAAGGGGGAUCAAGUAUGGAGGAUUCAUAAAGAUAACAGCUCCGUGGACGAAUUAGUGGAACGUUACGAUGAAUAUGGUUCAUAUUCUAUAUGGUCUAAUAACGCAUCGGCCGCAGAUAUUUUUGUGAAAAAUAAUAUGGUAGAGAACAUAGAAUCUCUAUUCAAAAGUUACGGUGUAAAAUAUCAAAUUUUGAUCGAUGAUGUAGAACAAGCGAUCAAGGAGGAGAAUCCUCCUCUUUCACCGGAAGCGCAAGAGGAACUCGAAGGACGUAAAGGUCAUCGAAUGGAGUGGACUACAUAUCAUCAAUUGGCUGAUAUCUAUGGUUAUUUGGAUUUUUUGGCGGAAACGUAUCCUGAUCUUUGUUCGGUUCAAACUAUUGGUCAUUCCAUCGAAGGUCGCCCUCUUAAAGUUUUAAGAAUCAGCAAUGGUAAGCUAAAUGCGCCAGCAAUUUGGAUUGAUGGGGGUAUUCACGCUCGCGAAUGGAUAUCGCCGGCAUCUGUUACGUACAUUAUCGAGUAUUUGGUCGAAAACAGCGAAAGAUUGGAAACUGACUAUUAUAUUUUGCCUGUAGUCAAUCCCGACGGAUAUGAUUAUACUUUCACUGUCGAUCGUUUAUGGAGGAAGAAUAGAAGGAAAGCUGGUUAUGCCGGUUGUUCCGGUGUUGAUUUAAAUCGCAAUUUUGGAUAUAAAUGGGGUGGAAAAGGAACAAGCAAAGAUAUUUGCAAAGAUACGUAUGCAGGCUCUAAACCGUUUUCCGAGCCAGAAAGUGAUGCUAUUCGAAACUUCUUCGAGAUCAGCUCAGCAAAUUUCAAGGCAUUUUUGACUUUCCAUUCUUAUGGACAGUAUAUCUUAUAUCCAUGGGGUUAUGAUAAUCGUUUGCCACCCGAUUAUGUCGAUCUUGAUAAAGUCGGUCGCGAAGCAGCGACAGCCAUGAAAAAGGCAGGUGGUAGUGUGUAUACUGUCGGAAAUAGCGCGACAACUUUAUAUCCGGCAUCGGGGGGAUCUGAUGACUGGGCAAAGGCUCUGCCGAAGCUUAAAUAUACAUACACAAUCGAAUUGAGAGAUACUGGGAAAUACGGUUUCUUAUUGCCUGCUCGUUUUAUUAUAGUUACAGCCAAAGAAGCGCUUGCUGCAGUGCAAAUAAUUACGGAGGCUUGUAAAACAGUAUAAUUAUUAAUUAAGUUAUUAGAUUAAUAUGAUUAUAAAAUUGAUACAUUUGGAUAGGUUUCUAUUACCUCACAUGUUAUUGUAUUAUAUUUUGGAAAGUAUUGUAAAAACUUAUAGAAGGAAAGAUUUUCUGUUUU